UGUAUAUAUUUUCUUUUCUGCUUUCUGUCUGAGAGAUUUUGCUGCGUUCCCACAGCAGGCCACCAGAGGGAGCAAUGUAGCAAAGAACAAGGGAAGAUGGGAGGAGGGACCGUGUGCAAAGCAAGUGCUCUGGGUUCUGUAACAUUUUCAGGCCUAAAUAUCACUUUAGCACUUGAAUCAGAUGCACUGAUAUAAGAUAAAGAAAAUCCACCACAAAUAUCACGUUUCACAUGAAACUUGAGCAAGAAGGCAACUGUAGCACAAGACAAAGUGAUGCAGCAGGAAUGACGCAGCGAUGGCGGUAGCCUUCAGAGGGCAACUUGGCACCAGGGGGGAAAGGCGCUCGUCUCCCAGAACCACAGCCCAGCAGCAGCAGUGACAGCGGAGGAAGGUACAGGCCUGAUCCAGGCUGGAGGAGGAACGUUAGCCGGAUGGCCGCUCACUUCUCUUGAACAAACACCAGAGAUUUCCACUGCGACACAGGCGGGCCUGGCUGGACCUUCUGCGCAGAGGCACUUUGAUGACUGCGGUCCCCUCAUUUAUCUGGACCUGAUGGACAGCACGCACCCUCUCGCUGUGCUAAGCAAGCUCAACGAGCAGCGCUCACAAGGCCUCUUCUGUGACGUGACCAUUGUGGUGGAGGAUGUCAAGUUUCGGGCCCACAAGAACAUUCUGGCGGCCUGCAGCAGGUAUUUCAGGAAUGCUCUGACAACCUCAGACUCGUGGACCUCUGGCCAAGUCCUGGAGCUUUUGGACCUCAAAUCGGAGGUGUUUGCCAACAUCCUCAACUUCAUUUACUGCUCAAAGGUGGCCUCAGAUGGCGCAGAAGACAGAAGGGGUCUCUCGGCCGCCGGCAAAAGACUGGGCAUUCCAUUUCUGGAGAUGCUCGCAGAAGAAGAGAAGCAGGACGAUUGUGUCAAAUCCACAAACAUGUUCAAAAAAAGAAAGCAGGACUUUAUAAGAGCAGAAGAGGGAGACAGCAGCAGAGGGCCUCGAAUCACCAAUGCCUUUUCUAUCACGGAAGUGUGCCCCACCAACAACCCUUUCACCCCUCUGGUUGAAGCCAGCAGUGACAGGCAGUCUCCAGAUUUGACCCAGCUCCCCACAAGCUCCACGUCCUGCCCCAACGGGACCGGCGAGACGACCCACACGCUGUCAGAGCACUCGUAUGCAGUAAACAAAUCCACCGAAGGCACAGAAAGCAGUCAGCCAGAUGGCAAGAAGGCAUCCGUGAUGCAGCCAAAGCACCUCAUUUACAAGAACGCCGGACCGCUUAAAAAGCGCCACAGGCUGAGGGGCGUUUUAGGGAAAAGUACGUUCCCAGCAGAAGCAGAAGUGGAAACGCCAAACACAAUAACACCUGUGUUAACGGACUCUGCUGCAACCGUCCCCGUGUUGACACCGCCUCCACUCUAUUCAGAGGCAGAGGCGGAGGAGCAAAUGAACUCGGGAGCGCCAGCAGCUGCUGACAGCCCCCGUAAGGAGCUGAGCCCACCGCCCCUCUCUCCUCACACAGAGGACAGCAUUCUGAUCUACAGCUGCGAGCGCUGUCCGGAGAUAUUCUCCAACAAAGCUCUUCUCAUCCUUCACUCAGAGGUGCAUAAAAAGCGUUUUGUAAGUCAUUUGUUUUGCAAAUUUUGUCACAGAAAGUUCAUACACCUCAAACGGCUACGCAACCAUGAGCAGGUCUGUCCAAAGGCUGCAAGAGACCCAUCCAAGCGAGAAGUCAGGGAAAUAUCCGAAGAGACGGACCGCCUUCCAGAUGACGCAGAAACCGAAGAAGAAGAAGACGUGGUGACCCCGCUCUCCCCUGCUGGCCUGUCCAACCCCCACACUCCAGAGUCCAUUCAAAUGUACCAAACACAUGGUGAAAAGGCAGUGAAGCCAAGCAGCAGUCAGAGGAAAUAUAACUGCAGCGUGUGCAAACGCGUCUAUGUCACCUUGUCGAGCCUAAAACGCCAUGAAAACGUGCACUCCUGGAGGAGGGCUUACCCAUGCCAUUACUGCAAUAAAGUGUUUGCUCUGGCAGAGUACCGAACGAAGCAUGAAAUCUGGCACACGGGUGAGCGGCGCUACCAGUGCAUUUUCUGCCUGGAGACCUUCAUGACUUACUACAUUCUGAAGAACCAUCAGAAGUCCUUUCAUGGCAUCGAUCCAAGUCUGGCUGUUAAGAAGAAAUCAGCCAAUGGUGGGCUGAAGGGAAGCGUUUACCCCAUAAAGCUCUACAGGCUUCUGCCCAUGAAGUUCAGAAAAAGACAGUACAAGACGUACAGUCAGACGUACUCAGAGAGUCUAGAAGGAAGUGACCCAUCUUCACUGAGCAGCAGUUCUCUCAUAUCGCCAUUUGACGAUAAUGGCACGGUGGGCCUUCCUGACACCGGUUCAAUCCCUUUAACGUUCAUGGCAACAACAAAGAUGGUGUCCCCGGUCAUGCCUCGCAUCUGCUUCAACAAGCCCCUUGAUGCAGACCAAAGCCUGAACAUUGACUUGGAGAGUGGUCCAAGGAACGAAGAAAGCAGAGAUAAGCCCUUUCAAAGCAGAAAUUCCACCUUUUCCGUGGAGCCGAACUCAAAUUUUGCUACAGAUUACACAGGUGACUCACAGAUGGCGUCGAACCCGGAGAGCAUCAAUAAUAGUGUGUCAUUCUUGAGCUCCAUGAGCACUGUUAAAAAAUUAGGCGAACUGUCUGCUUCUGCAAAGAGAGUUGAGGACAUGACCAAGGAGAUCCUCCAGUCAAGCGCGGAGAAUCGCUUUGGGGCAAAAACAGAGACGUACAUCGCCAAACCUGCAUGUCAGGGCACAUCGGUCGACAGCAAUACGCUCCCUCUCUGCCAGAUUACGGUAAAAAUAGGCAACGAGGCCAUCAUCCGACGGCAAAUCAAAGGAUCUAAGCUAUUCCCCAGAAAGAAAAGGAGGAUCCGAGAUCCAAGUGGCGGGCAGAGCCUAAACCGAUGUCCUCUGAGAAGAGAAAAAUCGGAGAGUGCACGGCUCCGACUUCGAACCGAUGGUUCUGCCACAGCACCCAACGUGUACGAAGACAUAAACGACUGCGACACAGCCGAUGAGCUCUGGCGUCCGUAUUACUCAUAUAAAGCCAAGAAAAAGAUCAAAAAGCUCAGAUACAAACACAGAAAAGCUUUGUUUCAUCUUUAUCCAGAAUCGUCUGUGGACAGAACGGCUGUCAGUGAGGCUCACCUCGACCGGACGAGCACAGGGCCCAAACAAAACCCAAGUACCAACAGCAGCCCCAGAGCCACCUACACCUGUGAUGUAUGCGACAGCUCUUUUAUCACAGAGACCGGUCUGAAGGCUCAUGUGAUUGGCUCCCACCCAUAUUUCUGCAAGACCUGUGGUAAGCAAGGUCCUCCAGGUGAGGCGCCGGCGGCCGCUGAUUACAUCUGCAACAGCUGCAUGGAAGACGGUUCCUGCUUUGGUAAUACACCUCGAAGUCCCAACCCGGAGAAGAAAUACCGCUGCUCCUUCUGUCCUCAGCGGUUUCUUUACCUUGCCACUAAGAGGAGCCACGAGAAAAAACACCAGGAGACAAAUGAGGCCUACGGGUUUAACGCUUGCACACCUUGUUCCAAAUUCUCGGCACAUGAAGGUGAGGAGAGUGAGCAAGAUGCCAUCAAAACGGAGGACUGUGAUAAUCAGGGGGACAAUGAAAUAAAAAGUGAAAGCAUGGAAGGAGAGAACUUCUCUUCUAGCAAAAGUACGCCUAAAAGAGAGGACUCUACAGACCUCUCGCCUUCGACCCCCUACCAAGAUGUGUCGUACCCCGGCAUUAGAAAGUCAGCAUCACUGUACCCCGAUUCCAUGUUUUCCCUCACCUCAACAAAGGUCAAACAUAAAGUGGCCAAAAAGUGGAUAGACGAGCAGCACUCUGUGCAUCUGCUGUCAAAAAGGCAAGCCUCUGACAGAGACGGUGAGACCAACAACAACCUCCCGGUGCGACCCAGAAAAAACAGCCACGGUGACCAUGACAAGUCCAACAAGAUGCUCAGAAUGUGCGAUGCUGAAGCGACACCCGCUGCCCUGCUAAAGUCAGACAAAUGGGUGUGCAAAGAGGAGCCUCUGUUUUAAAUGUACAGACGGAUCUCUCAUGUGGUUUGGAAACAAAUUAAACUUUAAUAUGAGGGUCAAACACAUAAACAGUCAAAAAUUUCUUCUUAAACUCAGACACCCAGGCUUUGUCCGAAUUCCCUCACUACUUAGUGCACAUUUUUCGGGGUGUCCAAAUCUACAAUUCCAAUAUUCAGUGCCCUGAAAAUUUCUCAGAAGUCUUUGCGAAAAACCAGUGCGUGGUUUUUACCUUGUUUGGCUGGGGUGUGACUUAUGUAGGAUUUUUUAAAAAGCAACAAGCACUAGAGGGCACUGUAGGUGAGUGUAUCAGUAUUUGCUCCUGAAGAAGAAGCAGUCUCACAAAUCUUUCACUGCGCUUGGCGUAAUUGUUCCAAAGCAAGGAUUUUUAAGAGAUUUAGUGAUUUAUAGUGAUAUAAAGAGUUUAGGAUCGGCAUAUUUAGGGAUUGAUAAAGUAGUGAGCAUGUGUCCGAACUGUGCUUAAAUCCAGGGCACUGGAUAUCCCUACACAAUAUAGUCUUUUAUGGGUUAAGUAGUGAGGGGAUUGGGACAAAGCACCAGCGUUUUUGUUUUUUGGAUAUAAUAACAAAUUCUAAUAAAACCUUUUUUUUCCUUUUUUCAUUGUCUAUGCAUGUAAAACAGAACCACUGACGUGUGGUGUUUUUUCAAUGCUGUGCAAUAUUAUACGAGAAUCUGCUAUGUCAGAUAAACCUUCACUUUAAGAGCAAAGUCAUGUCUGUCACAUUUCUGACCCUCCAGCUCACUUACCUGGACCUGAUAUGUUGCACUUUUUUUAGGUAGAGUCUUUGGAUAUUUUCUUUAAUACUUUGAUAUUUGAAAUUUUCCUCUUAAGGACCAAUAAUAUGUUUAAACUUUUGAAUAAAUCACACCAAGAUGGCUCACUUUGUGUGUAAAGUAUGGAAAAAAAACAUGUAAAAAUAUUUAAAUAAAAAAUAUUGAUAGUACAGG